AUGUUCGAGAUCUUCAAUGUACCUUCCAUGUACAUUGCCAUCCAAGUUGUUCUUUCCUUGUAUGCUAGUGGUCGUACUACAGGUAUUGUGCUGGAUUCUGGCGAUGGUGUUUUUCAUAUUGUGCCAAUCUAUGAAGGAUAUGCCCUUCCAUAUGCCAUUCUCUGUCUUGACCUUGCUGGUUGUGAUCUCACUGAUGCUUUCAUAAAGAUCCUUACCGAGAGAGGUUAUAUGUUCACCACCACUGCUGAACGGGAAAUUGUCUGUGACAUGAAGGAGAAGCUUGCUUAUAUUGCCCUGGACUAUGAGCAGGAACUGGAGACUGCCAAGAGCAGCUCUUCUGUUGAGAAGAACUUUGAGUUGCCUGAUGGACAAGUCAUUACUAUCAGAGUUAAGAGAUUCCGUUGUCCUGAGGUCCUCUUCCAGCCAUCUUUCAUAGGGAUGGAAGCAGCUGGAAUCCAUGAAACUACCUACAACUCUAUCAUGAAGUGUGAUGUACAUAUCAGGAAGGAUCUCUAUGGUAAUAUUGUUCUUAGUAGUAGUUCAACUAUGUUCCCUGGUAUUGCAGACCGUAUGAGCAAGGAGAUCGCUGCCCUUGCUCCAAGUAGUAUGAAGAUUAAGGUCAUCGCACAACCAGAGAGAAAAUACAGUGUCUGGAUCGAAUGAUCCAUUUUGGCUUCACUCAGCACCUUCCAGCAGAUGUGGAUUUCCAAGGGUGAGUAUGACGAGUUUGGUCCAUCCAUUGUCCACAGGAAUUGCUUCUAAGUUUUAAGUGCAUUUU